AUGGCCAUGGUGGCCGGCGGCUGGGGCGAGCCCAACGGCGGCGGCGGCGGCGAGGAGGCGGCGUCGCCGGCGGGCGGCGGCAGCGACGCGGAGCACGGCGAGGAGGAGCGCGCCGGGGCGCCCGUGGACUGCGUCGUGUGCGGCGACAAGUCGAGCGGGAAGCACUACGGCGUCUUCACGUGCGAGGGCUGCAAGAGCUUCUUCAAGCGCAGCAUUCGCAGGAACCUCAGCUACACCUGCAGGUCCAACCGCGACUGCCAGAUUGACCAGCACCACCGCAACCAAUGCCAGUACUGCCGCCUGAAGAAGUGCUUCCGCGUGGGCAUGAGGAAGGAAGCCGUGCAGCGGGGCCGCAUCCCCCCCAGCCACUCCAGCACCAGCCCCAACACCCUGCCCAGCAGCGAGUACUUCAACGGGCAGCCCGUGUCGGAGCUCAUCUCGCAGCUGCUGCGCGCUGAGCCCUACCCGGCGGCGCGCUACGGCUCGCAGUACGCGCAGCAAGGCAGCGUCAUGGGCAUCGACAACAUCUGCGAGCUGGCCGCGCGCCUGCUCUUCAGCACGGUGGAGUGGGCCCGCAACAUCCCCUUCUUCCCGGAGCUGCCCGUCUCGGACCAGGUGGCCCUGCUGCGCCUCAGCUGGAGCGAGCUCUUCGUGCUCAACGCGGCGCAGUCGGCGCUGCCGCUGCACAUGGCCCCGCUGCUGGCGGCCGCCGGCUUCCACGCGGCGCCCAUGUCGGCCGACCGCGUCGUCUCCUUCAUGGACCAGAUCCGCAUCUUCCAGGAUCAGGUGGAGAAGCUCAACCGGCUGCAGGUGGAUUCGGCCGAGUACAGCUGCCUCAAAGCCAUCGCGCUCUUCACACCCGACGCCUGCGGCCUCUCGGACCCGGCGCACGUGGAGAGCCUGCAGGAGAAGGCGCAGGUGGCCCUCACCGAGUACGUGCGCUCGCAGUACCCGUCGCAGCCGCAGCGCUUCGGGCGGCUGCUGCUGCGGCUGCCGGCACUGCGCGCGGUGCCCGCCGCCCUCAUCUCCCAGCUCUUCUUCAUGCGCCUCGUGGGCAAGACGCCCAUCGAAACACUAAUCAGGGACAUGCUGCUGUCCGGGAGCACCUUCAACUGGCCCUACGGCACGGGGCAGUAGGGCUGCGCCAGCCCGGCACCACCAGCGAGCUUGUGGCGAGGCCGAGCGCGCUGCCGCCCGCCGCGCUGCCUUCGGACGCUGAACUUUUCCUCGGACGCCUGGGCCCCUGGGCUCCAAGCAGGGCAGAGGGACUUUGGACCGGGCCCAGGGGUUAUUCCCAGCGUCAGAGCCAGGCCCUGACCCACUGCCUCCGUCUUGAGGGUGGAUGUCGGGAGGGAGGCGCAGGGAUGAGGCUCGGAGCACCGGCUCCGGCGCAGGCAGGGGGUGGCCGAGUCCUUCUGUGCCCAGCCUGGCCCCCAGGACUGAAGCUCUGCACCCAGCUCCGGCCUCGCACUUUUGCUGAAGCAUCUCCAAGGCCGGAGCGGGUGCCGGGAAGCCGGGAGCACCCAGCCCUGCGUGACACUGGGGACAAAAAAUGGGGUUUUGCCCCCAGUUUCCCCUCCCUGCACCCCUGGUGCCCACGGCUUUGCCCCCUCCAGGCUGCUGCUCACUCGCUUGGUGCAUGAGAGCAUCCCCUCCAUGGGCAUGGCCUGCGCCGGGGGGCUCCAGGGACCAAAGUGGGGGACGGGGGCAG